AUGUGGGGAAUUGAUUUCAUGGGUCCAUUUGUCAGCUCGUUUAGAAGAAAGUAUAUCUUAGUAGUUGUGUACUAUGUGUCCAAAUGGGUGGAAGCUGUCCCACUCCCAAAUAAUGAAGGAAGAAGCGUUGUCCAAUUUUUGAAAUGCUACAUCUUUGCACAGUUUGGCACUCCAAGAGCAAUCAUAAAUGAUGGAGGAUCGCAUUUUUGCAAUAAGUGGUUUUCCGGUGCAUUGAGCAAAUAUGGGGUAAAACACAAGGUCGCCACUCCAUAUCACCCCCAAACAAGCGGACAAGUUGAGGUGUCAAAUCGUGAGAUCAAAAACAUUAUAUCCAAGAUAGUAAACAACAGCAGAACCGACCGGUCUAGAAAGCUUGACGAUGCCCUAUGGGAAUAUCAGACUGCUUCCAAGACACAUAUAGGAAUGUCCCCUUAUCAGCUAUUUUUUGGUAAAUCAUGCCAUUUACCUGUUGAGCUAGAACACAAAGCCUUAUGGGCAUUGAAAGCUUUGAAUUUAGAUUGGACAAAGGCUUCAAGGGAGAGCCUGGACCAGUUGAAUGAAAUAGAUGAGUUCUGGCUUAGAUCUUACGACAGCCAUUUACAAAGAGAAAAUGAAGAAAUGGCACAACACACGGAUAGUCCAGAGGGAAUUCAAUGUGGGAGAUUGGGUGUUAUUGUACAACUCACGACUAAGGCUAUUCCAAGGGAAGCUAAAAUCCAAAUAGUCUGGGCCUUUCAGAGUGGCACAAGUGUUCACCAAUGGUGCUAUAGAAGUUAA